AUGCUUCGUGUUGCAAAGUUGUUGCGGCGCUGUCGCACGGUUCAUCCGAGAACACUUCGCGAAGCAAACCCCCUCACAUUCAGAGAGGUGCUCCGUGAAAAGGGGGAAAAGAGAAGUGAGGGGCGGCCAAUUGUCCUCCAAAGUCUGGACGAGGCUGCUCAGUUGACUCCCAGUUUGUCCGUUAGCGGGAGGCAGCUUUGGAAUUCAACCAAAUUGAUUCGCGGAAACCGGCACAUUCGGCAUUCCCAUGGGGCAUGUGUGAUUGGCGGCGCCGGUGCCAUUAGGCGCGUUUGGCGUGACUACAAGAUUCAGCCCAACGUGGUUUAUGUUCCAGACACGGAACCAACCAUUCCCGAUUGGUGUGUGGAGGAUGAACUUCCGACAUGCAUCGUUCGGUGCCCCCCGGUGGACAUCAACAGGCAGCUCCUCAGCGCUGAGAUGGGAGAUGGCUAUGCGGCAGAAUUCCCCACACCCCCUUCUCCGACGCUAGAGGCAUUUCUAGGCGAAAAGAAACCAGUCCGUUUGGCCUCCAUGUUGGCUUUGGUGGGCCUACGAAUUCCUAGCAAUGUUGGUGUGCUUCUGAGGGCUGCAGUCGACAUGGGUUUUGAUAGCGUCCUUCUUUGCGACUGUGUCGAUUUGUUUAAUGAAAAGGUUUUACGUGCAAGUGGGGGCGCAGUGUUCUCUCCUAAAAUUAAACUGUUUGAAACACAGGGAAAUGCAUCCAUUUCUGUACUGAGUAGCAUUGCUCUGGAGCAUCGGUUGUUGCCGCUUUUGGCAGUGCCUUCUCAGGAGGCGGAGCCGGCGUUUGCCGUCGCCAGGCGCUUGCAUGAGUCGAAUGCGGCAAGGAGGGGGCAAGAAGAGGGAGGCGAUGGCGCCGAGACCCGCCCUUGUUAUGGCCCUUUGUUGGUUUUGGGCUCUGAAUCGCAGGGCCUCCGGAGUCUCAGCGGGGAUUGGCCCGUUCCCCACAAGGUUGUUUCUAUCCCCUUGCCGAACCCGGCGAUUGAUUCCAUCAAUGUGAGUGUCGCCGGCUCUGUGCUUCUCCACGCCUUCCGCCCCCGGGCGGAGGAGCACUUUGCAGAGGUGGCGAGGUUGGGCCCAAAUGGGUCCCCCCACGAAAGCCCGGAAGAGGCCACCGGGCUAGCACUGGCAGAGUGA